GGAGAUGUGGAGAAUUGGAUUCGCGAUUUUGAAUUAAUCGCAUCAUGCAACGGCAUCAAAGGAAAUGCGCAUCUGGUCACCGCGUUGGGUGCACUGCUUUCCGGACGAGCGAGGGCCGCUUGCGAUUUGAAUCUGGAAAGCAAACAAGCCCUGGAUUAUGAGAAAUUGAAAGCUGCGCUGGUGGAAGAGUUUUCAAAGGAGGGUGACCGCGAGAAGGCAAUUAAUUGGUUUUAA